AAACACACACACUGGGUCCAAAUUGGAGGAAGAUAAGAGGAAGAGCAGAACGGGAAAGUGGUGAAAGAGGAAGAAACUGGAAGUCAAUCAGGCAGAAAUGUACUGAACUAAAACAGAAAUCUAUCCUCAAACACUAAAUAAUACAGAACACACUCAGACAUUGGACCCAAAAACAACCCACACUGGUAUCCAAACUAAAAAAGGCUUCUGACUUCAGAUUUAAAGACGUGACUGUCCCUUUAAGAAACACACAACAUAAAGAAACUGAAAGUAAAUUGUUGGGAAAAAACCCUGCUCUCCAUGUCAUUACUUCUCCUUCUCAGACCUACACCAACAGACAAAUGGCCUCCAGCAACAGUAUCUUAUCUGAGGAUCAGUUUCUUUGUCCCAUCUGCCUGGAUAUGUUCAAUAAGCCAGUUUCCACCCCAUGUGGACACAACUUCUGCUUCUCCUGUAUCAUGCGCUACUGGAGUGACAAGGCAGUCUGCAAGUGUCCGUUCUGUCAGGAAACUUAUGAAAGGAGACCGGACCUCAAGGUCAACACUUUUAUUUCAGAGCUUGCAUCGCAGUUCAAGUCCCUUCAGGUGGUAAACACUCACUUCUGGAGUGCACACCAACAGCAGGCCAGCCGUGGUGGUGCAGUGCUGUGUGAUCUUUGUACCGACACCCAGCAAGAGGCUGUCAAAUCCUGUCUGGAGUGUCUGACUUCUUACUGCGACGUUCAUCUAGAGCCUCAUCACAGAGCUGCCGGACUGAAGAGACACACACUUGUUGACCCCUUGGCGAGUCUCGAGGACAGGAUCUGCAAGCAGCACAGCAGACUCCUGAUGAUGUUCUGUACAAACGACAAGGCUUUGCUGUGUGACAUCUGCGCCACUUUGCACCACUCGAACCACAACGUUGUUCCUGUGCAGCGGGCGUACAAAGAGAUUAAGGCUCAGCUGGGUGAUGCAGAGGCCAAAGUGCAGCAGAUGAUCCAGGAAAGGCUGCAGACGGUCCAAACCAUGAAGGAGUCAGCAAAACAAAGCAAGACAGAAACCAAAGACGUGAUAGCAAAAGGCGUGAAGGAUUUGACGGCACUGGUCUCUGAGAUUCACAAGAGCCAGGCGGAGCUUGUAAAGGUGAUGGAGGAGAAGCAAAAAGCGGCUGAAGAACAAGCUGAUGGGCUCAUUUACAGCAUAGAGCGGGAGAUCGCCGAGCUGCAGAGAACAACCCUGAAAAUGAGGGAGCUGAAACAGACUGAAGACCAGAUUUAUUUCCUCCAGAGCUUCCCAAACUGCUCCUUCCCACCACACACAAUGGACUUGUCCACGUUCGGUUUUAACAGACACGUGGAGAUUCAGCACAUAAGGAAAUCUUUGAGCAAAUCAGUGUCUCAGCUGCGAAUGUUGCUGAAUAAAAUGAACACAGAAAUAGAAGCAAUCUCUGACGGCACACAUGUGUCAAACAAUACUACGUUGGAAUAUGCACAGCAGUUUCAAGCGGACGUUUUGCUCGAUCCUGACACGGCUCACGCUCUGCUUAUUUUAUCCGAUGACAGGAAGCAGGUAAAAUACUGCAUAGGUUCAGGUUUGUGGACAAUACAGAGCCUUAAGCCGAACAUGUUUACUGAACAUCUUGCAGUUCUGGGACAUAGAAGCUUCUCACAGAGCUUUUACUUUGAGGUGUUCGUGGGUAAAAAGACUGAAUGGUGUCUGGGCGUGGCCAAGGCGUCGGUCCAGAGGAGAGGGGCAUUGGUUCGGGGUCCUCAUUGUGGACUCUGGGCCAUCUGGUUCCUUGAAGAUAAGUUCGAAACCUUCAGCUCUCCAAACCUGCCGGUACACUUUGGAAAAGUAGAGAGGGUGGGCGUGUUUGUGGAUUAUGAAGGAGGGAAAAUUUCUUUCUUUGACGUACAGACCGCAUCACUUAUUUACUCAUUUACGGAGUUUUUCUUUACUGAAGAGCUGUAUCCAUACAUGAAUCCAUGUGAUAAUGAAUAUGGUUCCAACUUGGAUUCCAUGAUAAUUGUUCCUGUUAGUCGUACAGAGUGAACAGAGGCUUCAGAGACUCAUUGAUUUGAGGCUUAUUUAGUUAAAUGCAACUGAUGUGUUUGCAAAAAAAAACAACUGACAUUCAGAGAAGAAUUUUGGUACAGCAGCUUUUUAUAAGGACAAAAUAUGUGAAGCAUAUAAUUGAGAUGAACCAUCUCACUAUGCCUCAAAUCCAAUCUGUAACUGUGAAAUUGAAUUUAUAGAGGAAAAGAAAAUAUUUCAUUACUUAUGUUUAAGACAAUGCAAGUGGAAGUUGGAGGUGGAGUUGUAAAUGUAGAAAGGAGAAAUUGGUAGAGAUAGUACAAUAAGAGAGUAGAAAGUGUACAGAGUUAUCAGUUAGAUUAUCACUAUUUGAUUAAAUAAGGUUGUGGGUUUUAUAUUUGGUUUGGUUUCAGGAAGUAUUUAUUAAUGCAUAUUUUUAAAGAGGAAAUAAUAGGAAGGAAAGAAUAGGUAUGACGUUAGAACAAAUGUAGUGGACAUAAAUAUGGGCCAAUAAAUUAUCAAAAUACACCAACACACCUGUGUAAAGGUGAACCCAGCACGUACAAACAUAUUUGGUAACUAGAGGUUGUUUCGGCAAAAGAAACAUCAUAAAAUGCUUAAACCACGAGGGGACAAUCUGGAGGUCACAACACAGAGAGCACCAUUGUCCAAAAUUACAGACUAUGACCUGAGGGCUCAGGGCACUAUGUAGCAUUAGACGGCUCUCUGGUUGACUUUGUGAGCGCUUUAUUUUUUUUUGUGACUUUGCUCAAGGAAAUAGCGCACAAUGCAAAGCAGUGUGAGGUUAAAGUAGCGAUUACAGUGUAAUUCCCCAUCGGAAAAAAGGACACUUUGUUUUAAGUACAAACACACAUGUGGGUCUGAAUCUAAUUUGUGGUUCCCAUUGGUCCUUGAAAUCCCUGAAAGUUGUUCAUUUGGGGAAAUAAAAACAAAGGCUUUGAACGUUUUUGAAAAGAGACAUAAAUAGACAUAGGUCAUUGAGAGUGCUUAAAUUUAAAUGUUUUGUGCAUGGAUAGAAACGUUCUUUAUAACAAAAUAAAAAAGGAGUUACUUAGUUCUUUCAAUUGUAAAUAAGUCUGUCUCUACCGCUCAACUUACACCAUGUUAUUUUGCUGUGCUUUGUUAGAGAAGGCAAGAGACCACAGGACACUGUAACACAGCACAUUCAAGCCUUUCUCUCUUUUUAAUUGUUGUUUGUGAGCGUCUGCAAAGCCUGAAAUGGAAUCACUUUCAUUCUUGAAAGGUCACAGAAGAUGCUCCAGAUUGGUAAUGUCUGGAUCAGGGGAGCAAUGAAAAUAUGGUCAAUCGUACGAAAUUAAUGAAAACUGUCAAACUCCAUUUGUAUGGCCACUGAAAUAGCAAAAACCCCAGAUGUUUUAACAUCUGUAAUGGAAACAGGUUUCAACAAAUGGACAAUCAAUAUUAAUAUAUGUUGCACAAGUGUUCAGUGGACAAACCAUUAAGUCAUUCGAAACUAAAGUAACUAAUAGCCCAACAUGGAGGGAUUUUGAUUGGAAGGUGAACAUGCGGUAUUUUAAUACAGUCACUUAAAAAUACAGCAAAACAUCUGAACUAUGUUAGAGGGUUUGGUGCGGGAUGUCACACAUAUAUUAUGGAUUUCUGGAAGAAUGUCCAAAAGGAUUUUAAACAGGUUUUGGGCAUUUACUCUAUUUUAGAGCACUUUUCAUACUGGUUAAACUUCCUGAUAAUGUCAAGCAUAAAAAUUUGAUUUCUUUAUUGAGAAUUCUGCUUUUAAUAGACCGUAUUCAAUGGAGAGACGGGGUUAACAUGUCUUUAUCAUGGAGAAAAUCACAGUGCUAUUACAGUUGAAAGAGGAUAGGUUGGCUGAAGGAUGGACACCAUUAAUACAGAUAAUGCCUUAUCUUUAAUCACCUCUUUUUUACUUUUAUUUAUUUAAUCCUUUUUAUAUUUAUUUGUAUUGUUCCUAGUAGGCCUACACUUGUUUUUUUCUCAAAGUAUUUUUUGCUUAUACUACAGUUGUUCUAUUGUUAAGUCAUUGGUGGUAUGAGUGGUGUGAUAUUUGAUAUGUGCUGCUCAUGUUUAUGUACCAUAAAAAUGAUUACCAGUGAAGACAAACUAUUUCAUAAGAAUGUUCAGAAUAGACAUGAUAAGAAAAUAAUAAGAAAAAUAUUUAAAAUAAGUCUCAUUGUUUAUCCAUCUGCUGCAAAGUGUAUGUUCUAUGUGUGGUGAAUCAGUUAAAGAAGGUGUGCUAAUAGAAAUCCUUUGUCUAUAAAAUAUCAGAAAAUAGCACAAAUUGCCGGUCAAAUACUCCCAGAUCAGAAAGUAGGAUAUUUAAAGCUUGUUGUGUCCAAUCAAUGGCCCAAAAUCUAUCACAGUCGUCAAAGAAGAGCAGCAAAUCAUCACAUUUGAGAAGCUGGAAAAAGCAGAUGUCGGGUUGUUUGAAAAGAGACUCCAGCAAUUAAUCAAUUAUCAAAAUCAAUUAUCAAAAUGGCUGCUGUUAUAUUAAAAAAAUAUAUUACUCUGAAUACUUUAUGACAGAACAGCUGCUAUUUGCAGCAUGAAGUCAUAGUUAAUGUGGAUGAUAUAUUUUUAAUUCCUACACUAAUAUUUCAUCAUCAAACAUAUUUGUCAUUUAAAUCAUGUAAGCCAUGUGUUCUUAAGGUGAUUUUGAUUUUAUGUUAAUACAAUAUAUCUUGUUACAUUUGUGUUGAUGAUGAAUAACUAAAUGAAUAAAUAUUUAUUUAUAUAUUUUUAAAGCUAAAUAUGCUCUGUAAUGGCGAUAAAACUUUUAUAGCCACCUUUAUGAAAUCUUAAUAAAGUAGAAAAGCAUUACAUAACUAAA